GUGGGCAGUGGGUGCUUCCGGGAGCUCCGCGCUGGCGCAGCUGUCAGACCGCACUGCGGAGCCCAGCGCCAGCAUGGAAGGGGUGGACGUGUGGGCCAGCACCUUAGCCCAGCUGAUGGCCAAGAGGAAACCUCAGGAUACCUGGGAGCUUGUCCCUGAGGAGAACCUGGCCUCCGGGCAAAUGGACAGCGGUGGUGUCCAGUACCGGCUGAGGGGGCUUUCAAGGCUCCAGUGUGGCCAUUGUCAGUGGGGCUGGUCCUCAGCCCACGUGCACAUCCUCUUCCACAUGUGGUGGGACGGGGACAGCCAUCUGGGGCUGGUGAAGAUGCGCCUCUGGGGCCAGCAGUGCAGACUGUGCCCACCAGGCUCCCAUGGGGACUGCCAGGUGAGCCUUCUGAAUGUCAGGCUCUUCCUCAGCAAGCUGGUCCUGUACAUCCUGCAGAAGUGCUACGGGGAGAGCCUCAGCUCAGAUCAGUGCCCCGAGAUCUGCUUCGGCGAGCGCUGUGAGGCCUGUGACCUGGGUGUCUGCUUCUUCCAGAAGCCCCCAGACCCUGCCUGGGGGCCGGAGGCCAAGAGCCCCACCACUGUCAAAGGCAGGUACACCCUCUACAGCAGCAGCAGCUUGGCCAACGCGGCCUCUGGCAAGGAGCUGCUGGCCCUCAGCAGUGGCCCCGUGGUCGAGCGUGCCAGGAGUUACACCCCCAACUCCAUCACCAUCCCCCUGUCUGUGUCCGACUUCAUCAGAAACCCCCUCUCUGCCAGCAGCGACUUCUUUGGCCAGGACGGUAAUGACAUCGUCACCGUCCCCUUCUCCCUUGUGGACAUUAGGCGGGACCGGGGCCCUGCUGCUGAUGCCCAGGGCAGCGCAGGCCCUGAAGGGGGCUCCCUUCCCGAGGCUAACUGCAGUGGGCCGGGUGUCAUCGCCAUGGGCUCCAUCUACCUGCCUGCCAACUCCUCAGCCAUGCCCAAGGCCAAGGGCAUCCCCGUGAGCAUCAGAGACCCCAUCUUCCAUGGUAGAGGAGUGCUCCUCGGCAGUGCCAAGCCCUUCCAGCUCAAGGGGUUCAUCUUCAAAGGCCGUGGCUCCAUUUCUAGCCCCAAGGGUGUCGACCAGAGCCUCCUCACCACUGAGAACCAGCCACUGCCUGUAUCCUAUCUCUUUGGCCUCACUGAUGACGGAGAGGGCUCCAUCACCUUCCCCAUGUCCUUGGCCGCCAUUAUCGGGGGCAAGGACCCCUUCGCCAGUGCCAGGGGCUCCAUCAUCUUCCCCUUCACCUUCACCGAUGAAGCCAAAAGCAAGGGUUCUGACAGCAUCACCGGAGGCCAGGAGGGGGCGGGCGGCGGUAGUAGGCCAGACACCACUGGCCAAGACCCCCUGGUCUCCAUCGGCCAGGGCUCCAUCACCAUCCCCUUCUCUGUCUUCAGUAUCAUACACUGCAGGGCCCUCCAGAGCGCAGGCCUUGCACCUCCCCGCUUUAACAGGAAGCGGCGGCAGCCAAGGCGCAGGCCGGGCAGGUACAGCCCGGGGCCUCCCGAGGAGGAGGACCUGAGCUGCGACGAGAGCUGCUGCCGGCCGCAAUUCGAUCCCCACGAGGAGGUCUGGAUCUGGGUCUCCAUGACUGUCUGCAUCCUCUGGGUCAUGUACCUGUACAAGUUCAGCCCCGACAACCUGCAGCACCGCGUGUGAGGAGCACACCCCGCUGGCAGGGCUGCCCAGGAGCUAGAGCACAGCUGCCUCAUCCCCACCAGCGGCCCCCGCGCCCCGGCCCGGCCCUCCCCCGGCUGACCCCUGCUUCCAUGCGGCUCUCCCUGCACGCAGCCGUGGUGUGGUGGAUGCUCAUGCUGUAACCCUCCCUGUGUGCCGCGUCUUCCAGGCACUUUUCUCUGUGUGUAUGUGUGCCACACUCCAGCAAAAUAAAGUUAAACAGAAAAACCA